CUUAUUGGACAACAGUCGGCAGCCUGUCGUCUGCUGACCUAUAAGUAACGUUGUGUCGCCGGCAAACCUCAUUCUGUUCUGAAAGACCUAGGAAGAAGACCAAAUCAUGUCAGGAAGAGGAAAGACCGGGGGCAAAGCCAGAGCGAAAGCUAAGACCCGCUCUUCCCGUGCCGGCCUCCAGUUCCCCGUCGGCCGUGUGCAUAGACUUCUCCGCAAAGGCAACUACGCUCAUCGCGUCGGUGCCGGUGCUCCCGUCUAUCUGGCAGCUGUGCUCGAGUAUCUGACCGCUGAGAUCCUGGAGUUGGCUGGAAACGCUGCCCGCGACAACAAGAAGACCCGCAUCAUCCCCCGUCAUCUGCAGCUGGCCGUCCGCAACGACGAGGAGCUCAACAAACUUCUUGGUGGGGUGACCAUCGCCCAGGGCGGUGUGUUGCCCAACAUCCAGGCCGUCCUUCUGCCAAAGAAGACUGAGAAGCCUGCCAAGAAGUAACUUGGAAGCAACUUAUUGUAAACCCCAAAGGCUCUUUUAAGAGCCAACCA